GCGUUCCGGGAGCGCCGAGGUGCGCCUGCGCGGCACGGGGUCCUGGCGGGCACUUUGAAUUUCGCUCCCGGAGUCUCUUAUCCCGGACUUCCGAGGCUGGGGUCUCGGCGGCUGGCGAUCCUGUAGCGAGUGGCGCUUUGCUCCCGGACCCGCGGCAGAGGAUUAAAGGAUGGCCUCCUCAGAUCUGGAACAAUUGUGCUCUCAUAUUAAUGAAAAGAUUAGCAAUAUUAAAAGAACUCUGUCACUUAGAAACUGUGGUCAGGAACCUGCCUUGAGGACUAAAUUAGAUAAAAUAGGAGAUGAGAUCAUUGUAGUAAAUGAACUUCUAAAUAAAUUGGAAUUGGAGAUUCAGUAUCAAGAACAAACCAACCAUUCACUCAAGGAACUCUGUGAAUCCCUUGAAGAGGAUUAUAAAGACGUGGAGCAUCUCAAAGAAAACAUUCCUCCCCAUUUGCCUCAAGUAACAGUAAGCCAGAACUUUGCUAAUGUCUCAGAUCUUGACCCUGAGGAACCAGUCAAAGUUGAGGAAACCGCAGCCACAAAGAAGCCCCCAAAAGAACAAAGAAGUAUAAAAGAAAUGCCAUUUAUAACUUCUGAUGAAUUUAAUGGCAUUCCAGCGUACAUGAAAUCUCGCUUAACCUAUUGUCAAAUUAAUGAUGUUAUUAAAGAAAUCAACAAGGCGGUGGUUAGUAAAUACAAGAUCCUACAUCAACCAAAAAAGUCCAUGAGUUCCGUGGCCAGAAAUCUCUACCACAGAUUUAUUGAUGAAGAAACAAAAGAUACCAAAGGUCACUAUUUCAUAGUGGAAGCUGACAUAAAGGAGUUCACAGCUUUGAAAGCUGACAAGCGGUUUCACGUGAUACUGAAUAUCUUACGACACUGCCGGAGGCUCUCAGAGGUCCGAGGGGGAGGCCUUACCCGAUACGUCAUAACUUGAAGCCCAUGUGAUCUUUUGAACUGGCCAGUGGGGUGUAGGCCACUCCCGUGGUUUCCUUAUAUGUGAUUUCUUUAUAAAUGAUUUCUUUGGCUUUUUCAUUUUCUUUUCUAGCUUCCUAUAAAAACAAUUUUUUUAGGAGGUAAAGCACAUAUAUUUUAAAAUUCAUUUUCUUUCAGAACGUAUUUAACCCCCUACCAGAUGAAACUCUGUGCUAGGUAUAUAAUGGAACUAAAAAAUAUUCAUAGUUAAUUUUUGUGUUUAGUGACAGUGCUGUAGACCUCAAUAAGAUAGAAGCAUAUGUGAUAAUGGAAGAAAAAGUUCAAGAAGAUAAGGUCAAAGAUACCCUAGCUUUUUUUUUUUUUUUUUUUUUAAGUAGGCUCCACACCCAGCAUGGAGCUCAGCGCAAGG